UUGAUAGUGCUUAAAAUGGAACCUUCGAAGAUAUUAGAACCUAGAUCUGUUGAGAAAAGUCUCCUUUCAAAAGAAGAUAUUUUAUAUUCUCAAGUAUAUUCAUCAAGAAAUCAAGAAAAGAUUGAUAGCUUCGCUACUUUUGACUCAAAAACAAAGAAAGCUUGCAUAGAUUUUGGUGCAGACGAUACUUUACAAAAGAAACACACUAAGGCUCUCCUCCCAAAGGACUGCAAAAUAACCGCUUAUUGACCUAUCCAGCCAAACCCCAACAAACAGAUUGCCAAACAAGCCAUAAACAGUCUUGCGCACCAUAAAAUUCACGAGAUACAAUUUUUAUGAAUUAAUGACUUUAUCAGACCACAAAUCCCGAAUUGGUACAGUCGCUGACUCUACAAGGUCCUGUCGUCCUGAGAAUUCAAUAACAUCCAACUCACAGGACACCAAACAGUAAAGUUCUUGUAUAAUCUUGACCAAUGAGAAGACAUCAAGUUUGCAGAAUGAGCAAUGGGGACUCUUGAAAAAGAGUAUAGGAUGAAUAAGAAGUUUAAAUGAAAGCUCCUGGAGUUUUCCUUCUGUACCCAUAUUGACCAGAACCUCUCAUGGCAUGAGACCGUACUUCCUGGAUUGAUUAAGCUCAUUGCAGAUACUCCCUUGAAGGAUUCGGUAGAAGAUAUUAUUGGAGAUGAUCUAUCUGAGCAGCAGAUUUUCAAAACUUAUCUUGAAAAGUACAAACUGCAGCACAUUAAAUUUAUAUCAUAUUAUUAUACUCUUUAAGCUCA